AUGGAGUCGGUUGAGCCCCCGUACACAAACAGGGGGACCCCGGGACCGUGGACCGCGACCGAAGUCCUCCUGAGUAACUAUGACAGCCCGCUCAAAGCCCCUACACGCGUUACCUACAUCCCUCACCCGGAACAGCAGAAAACGCGUCCUUCCGCAAAGACACGCGAUGAUCGACAGACCUUUUGGUCAAAGGCAGUUGCCAGCGUGUCUCUAUGGCCGUACGAAUUGCUGAGCGUCGUUCUCUCCAUCUUGGCAUUCCUCGCUAUCAUUGCCUUGCUGCGCGUUUAUGAAGGCAAAAAAACUCUUGAGCAAUGGGAGCUGCCGAUAUCCCUCAACGCAGUCAUUUCCAUCCUAGCAGCCGUGUUCAAAGGCUCGCUCGCCAUGCCUAUUGCAGAAGAAAACAAGAGACAAGAAACCAAGCCUCGUUUCCCGCCCGGAUCCUCUUCGGCGGCCCCCUCAAACAGCAGCCGCUCAAUCAUGCGAUCGAGAACGACCGUCUGCAACACCUCCAGCCUCCGCCCCGGAACAUACUCUCGAGACCCCAAAGACGGCAUAGCCGAGGCUCUCCAAUCCGACGACGACAGUCAACAGGGCGAGAUUGCCUUCUUCGUGUCAAUGAUGCCCAACCUGCAAAGCCUCCAGAUCACCGUGCCUGAGAGCAAAGGCAUACUGCUGAGCCUCUUCCACGCGUUCGCCUCCGACAAGACCGGUACCCGGUUUUCGAAGCUGCACGAUCUUGGUCUGCGCUAUUGGGACACGGAGGAUGCCAUCUGCAUGUGCGAGGCUGACGACCUCCUUCUCGCACCGCCCGCGCUCGAUACGUUUUGCGGCUUCGCGGUCAACUGGUGCAGGCCUCCCGAGACACCAAGGCCACUAGAAUUCGAGCACAUUUCACCCCAGCACUCGCUCAUCGAUGGCCCCGGCCUCUCCUCUCUCCUCUCGCGGUGCCACAGGCUUCGGACCUUGAGUGUCACGUGGGGUAAUGUGUGGGUCGGCGAUUGUGAUCUGGAUUGGGAUGAGAUGGGCGACGCUCUGCGGCUUCAUGCGCCCCUCCUCGAAAGGCUGCAUCUGGAUCCUAUUCUAGCCUUCCGCUAUACGGAUGAAGAGAGCACUGGAAGGAUAGGAUCAUUGGAGCAGCUGACAAGGCUUAAAGAACUUGAGCUUCCUCUUGAGAUCCUUGUUGGCAGAGUGGAGAGUCCAGCAAGUGGGAGCGGUAACACGCUCCAUAGUCUAGCCCAGUUGCUGCGGGCUUCAUUAGAGAGCUUGCAUCUAUACUUAGCGCAGGACGGUGCUGAGGAGCUGGGUGAAGAGUUGUCCAAGCUCCUCGAGGUCGGCUCACAACUCGCGAACCUUCGGGAAAUCCGCGUCGCCGGGCCGGGGUCGUGGAGAUUAUGUAUUAAACUGGUGGAUGGGGUAAUGGUCAAGGAGAAUGUGUGGGAACGUCACCUGAUCCCUCCCCCGAUAGCUGCUUCCAUCCCUCGUCGUCUUUGA